GGCGUUGGCUCGAUGGCAGCUGGCUGGCUUUCAGACAGAUUUCCAGCUCAGCCGCCGCAGUCGCAAUCUUAGCUUCGACUCUUUCCAUUAGUACAUUCCGCAUCUAUGCGCGGGUUUUAGUUGUCGAUCAAGUCUUGCUGUGAUCGCGCUUGGCGGACGCGUUUCCCUUGCUCAUUUCGUUUGCAGCUGUGCAGUGCAAGCUAUCUGUUACAUUUUGGACAUUUGCAGGCAACUCGAACCGCUGCUGAAUUAAAUUGUCUAUUUACCUAGUCGCUUGCGAAAUUUUGACAAUCGAAAUCGGCUUACGAAAUGUGUGUUGAUGAGUGCGACUGCGUUGUGGGUUUUUGUUUUCAGCAAUUACUUAACGUUGGCGUUUAGUGGAUUUUUUAUUGUGCGCAGGACUGGUAUGGAAUGUGAAAAAUUAUAUGUGCGGUCAAUAAUUUCGUUGCUCUACGAAUAUGUAGAGUGAAUAAAGAACAAGUUAUGUAAGCGCAGUGAGGAGUGUGAAACACUAGUGAAAAAAUAGCAUUAAAAGAAAAGUACAGUCAAUUCGAAAAUAUAUACUAUGCACAAAAAAAUGUUAUUUGUAGCGCAAAAAAUUUUAAACGAAACUGUGCUAAAUAAUAUCAAACUUAAUUAAAAACUAUAUUGCGACAAAAUGAAAAAACUCUAUGCCAAAGCGUCAUUUAAGAGCAAAAAACCCAGCCAAAAACACGCCAACCAGGAUUGCGUCGAUGGCGGCAUCUACAUCAGCAAACCGCAGCAUGGUCCAAUUAUACUCGCUUAUCAAAGCGCACCCACACAACAACAACAGCAACAGCAUCCUGCUGAUAUGGAUAUGAACACAGCAACAUUGCGCAAAAUUCACAAACGUUCUGUGCCGCCCUCUGCCGAUGCCGCAGCUGCCAGUAAUGAAGAUGAAUCAUUUUUCCCACCACCACCAUCGCGCACGCCCUCUUCAGUAUCGUCGCUGUCCGCGAGCAAUCCCUCGAACGCGCGUCCGUUUCCGCCAGACGAUGCGCACUAUUAUUACUCCAUACAGGAGCUGCAGCAACUUAAUAUGCUCGAUCAUCGACACCCGCACUUCCAUCGCCAACAGCAGCAACAUCAAUUGCUGCGUCAAUCCAAUUCAGCUGCAACCGCCACCGCCACCGCCGUCUCAGCGGCAACUACAUCCGCCCCGGCCAUUUCGUUCUAUGAGCAUCAUAAACUAGUGCUGCAGCUUCCCAUGGCCGCGUCGACACCGCCGACAACAACUACGAUGCCUGAUGCAUCGAUAACACCAACAACCACUUCGCCCAUCUACGAAGCACCACAAAUAGUCAACAAUGCUACUGGCUACAGCGGCGCGCGUUCGCUGGACUACUUCUACAAUUAUCAUCCGCGUCGUUCGCUGCGCCCAGCCUCUGCUGCGGGUGGCAUUGAUGGUCAUUAUUUGUUGGACGACGAUGAUGAUACCGAUUUCGUGGCGGACGAUGAUGACCGAACGGCCACUGGCUUUGGAUCAUUGCCUAUUGUUGAAGCGAGGGCAAGCACUAGACUGCUGGGUUCAUCGCCUACUACGACUGUAUCGCCGCAGUCUUCCUCGCUGUCGUUCAAUAAUCUACGCAAAUUGCAACACACACACUCGAUGCCGUCAAUUUGCAUGAAGAACGACAGGUCGGAGGGAGGCAAUGAUGGCGAUAGUAUGGAUGACAAUGUUGGCGGACUGCAACAAUUGCAUCAAUAUAGGAUGCAACAGCUACGGCUGCAACAACAACAACAACAACAACAUAGCGGUCAACAAUAUCACCCCCAAUCGGCGCGUCAUAAUUCGGUCAACGCGAAUUUAAUUAGUAAUUGGCCGGCGACAGUCAGCGCUGGAAAUAAUGUUGAACAAAGUAUUAUUGGCGCCCGUGCCUCUGUCAUGGUUUACGACGAUAACCUGAAACGCUGGGUGCCAUCGGGCACCUCAGCCGGCCUCAGUAAAGUGCAGAUCUAUCAUCAUCAACUGAACAACACAUUUCGCAUUGUUGGACGCAAACUGCAGGAUCACGAGGUGGUGAUCAACUGUUCCAUACUUAAAGGACUCAAAUACAAUCAAGCCACGCCCACAUUCCAUCAAUGGCGCGAUUCAAAAUUUGUUUAUGGUUUGAACUUUUCCUCACAAAACGAUGCGGAAGCCUUUGCUCGAGCCAUGGUGCACGCUUUGGAUGUGCUCAGCGGUCGUGUGGCCAACAAUCCUCUCAUGGGCGCUAUGGCUAUGGGUGGGCCACCGACAAAUGGAAAUGGAUAUGAGGAGGAUAUGGGAUAUCGUACGAUGACCAGCGAGGAUGCGGCGAUUUUGCGGCAGCAACAACAAAUCACAGGACAAAUCACACCAUCUGCACAGACGCCAACCUCACAGACCAAUCAAAAUAAUAUACCACAGAGCCCACCCACACCGCAGGGACAUCAUCGCACCAGCAGAAAUUCCCUUAGCGCUCCGGCGGCUCCGCAACCGCAGCCGAUGACAAUGCCACAGCAACUACCGCAGCCACAGCCGCCAUACGGCCAGGCGGGACAGCCGAACGGAUUGCAGCAACAGGCGCAGAUACCGCCCGCUCCGGGUCAGCCACAGUACCACGCACCACAGCAGAUGCAACAAGCUCCACAGGCCUCGCACGCCGUCUAUUCCGCACAACAGCUGGUAAACGCCGGCUAUCCGCCACAAGCACAGCAGCAGCCGCCGCCACAAUGCAUACCAAGCGCGCCCCAGCCGCCAAUGCCGCCACCGCAUCAAAAUGGUGUAGGUGGAGGCGGCGGCGGCGGCGGACCAAUUUACGUUUCUUCAUCUCAAUCGCAGCCAGCGCUGCCCACAUCCGUUAGCUCGAGCAGUGCCGUUUAUGGUGCCCAAACAAUACAGAUGCAGCAUCAGCAGCAGCAACAACAACAGCAAUCAGCUCCAAGUGGGGUACUGCAGAAUGGUGGUGGAGCUGCUGCACCUCCACCGCCUCCCCCACCACCAUUCGGGGGCGCAGGGGCACCAGCUCCUCCUAUGAUGGCCGGCGGUGUUCCUCCAGCACCAAUGCCGCCGCCAACAAAUAUCAAUCGGAGCGCACCACAAGCGCCUGCUGCACCGCCACCACCGCCGGCAGCAGCUGCGGCGCCACCACCACCUCCUCCGCCACCAGCGGGAUGCGCACCACCAUCCAAAAAGGAAGAUCCCCAAGCCGAUCUCAUGGGCUCGCUUGCAGCACAGUUGCAGCAGGCCAAGCUGAAGAAGAAUAAACCCACUGCGGCACCCACAGAGAAUAGCGGAAGCAGCACCUCAAGCGGAGGUAGCGGUAACUAUGGCACAAUCGGCCGCAGUUCUUCGGGCAUGGCUUCCAUGAUGGAUGAAAUGGCUAAAACAUUGGCACGACGGCGUGCGCAGGCCGAGAAGAAAGAGCCCGAAGCUGAGCCGGAAGUGAAGCAGCGUCCCUGGGAGAAGUCUAACACUUUGCCACACAAGCUGGGCUCGUCGUCAUCGAACACGAAUUGCAAUGCCGCUUCCAACAACACAUCGAACAGUGGCAGCGAAUCACCACGACCGAUGCGCAAACGUUUUGGCAGCGCCAGUGAAGAGACGAUACUUAAGCAGGUUAAUGGUGAUGGUCUGUCAUUGGCGUUAUCAAGCACUGAGUUGGACACAUUAAAGGCUGAUAUUCUGAAAGAGAUACGCUCUGAGAUACAGAAGGUCAAACAAGAAAUUAUAGAAGUUAUAAAAUCCGAGUUCAAUAGAAGAUAAGAGCAGCAACAGUCUGGCACGAGCAGCAGUAGGAGCCGCCGAACGGUGAUCAAAAAUUUAGUCGGUGAUAAAAAGAUGUAGAUGAAUUCCAGAAUGGGUAGAUGGUGUGGAAACCGCUUGUCGACCUAUUCCUUUUAAUUUAUCUACAAACUGCAGAUAGAGAAAUGCAAAUAACAUUCUUUUUUUUUUAUAUAUUACAUAUAAACAUUUAAAUGGAAGCUAUUACAUAUAAACAUUUAAAUGGAAGCAACUAAAAAAAAAAAAAAGUACGCAUGUUAUACCAAUAUAAAUAUAUAACAAUUCAGCGCUAAUAAAACCGAUAGUAAUGUUCUUGAAAAUGCAACAACAAAAACGAAUAUACAAUGAACUGAAUAUGUAUUGAAAAGUUUUAAAUACAAAUUUAAUGUAGUAUCAAAGGAUAUACAUAAAAAGUCGAAAAAUAUAUUCCCACAUCCCGGCGAGAAAUUCAAACUACUAAAUAUAUUCCGAAAAUAAGAUAGAAUGGAUGAAUUUGCAUGUACAUGUGGCUUGUGGAUUGUCGCAGUUCGAGUCGACGUCGCAUUGUGUAGAUUGAUACGGACAAACGUUUUGCAUUUGGAAAAUAACUUUCGAAAAUACUUCAAAUAAUAAAUUUAAACAUGUUUUCAUAUUAGAUAAUAAAUAAUUGCAAAGAUAUAAGGUAUUUAAGUGUAAUAUAUCGUUGCUCGCUCUAUCUUAAAUUGAAUUUCCAUACUGAUCGAACGACGUUUGCUGUACAUAUUUCUAUUACAUUUAUUACACGAGUAGACAUACAGUUUUUAUUGAAAAACGACAAACAAAUAGUUUAAAUAUAUAAAUACAUACAUACAUAUACUCACACUUAGCUACAUAUAGUAGAACACAAAUUUUGGAAUAGCUUUUUUUUUAACAGUCACUAAAUAAAUGGUUCUGUCAUUUUAAAUUCUUCAUAUACGACCCUCAAGAUUUCUUUCAAGAGACAAAAGUUACACCCAAAUUCCGCGUGCAUUUAAUAUUUGCAAGUACAUGCAGUUUUAUAUUAAUUUUUUGAAUUCAUUCCUCAACGGUUCAUUCUAUUGCGAGAAAAAUGUUGAAUAUACUCGCGAUGGUUCUGCAAUUUAUCUCAAAUUUUCGUUCGGUGUAAUUUAUUUCCCUUGAAAGAGAACUUAAGCGCUGAAGUCCCAAUUUAACUGAACCAACGUCAUAACUUUAAGAAAAUUUAACUUGUAUUAUUUUGAGUGAGAAAUGCU